AUUAUUGUGCGGCGAAUAGCAUCUGAUUUACGAAGAAAGAAAGGAAAAACGAUAUUUUUAGUGAUAUUCGCAUUAUAUCAAAGACAUUAUCGACUUCAAUGAUAAUGAAGCGAUUGAUGUUAUUGGGUUUUCUAAUCAUCAUAGUAUCAUGCCACGAGCCGUUUCAAGUAAUUUUUGAAUGGAAGUCGAUUGACUUCCAAUGGCCAUCGGACGAAGAGCGGCAAUAUGCUGUAAUGCGAGGCGAUUACAUACCAGCAAAUAAUUUCAUCACUACUGUGAAAUUUUGGAAGGAUAAAAUGUAUCUGACAUUACCACGAUGGAAAGACGGCGUGCCAGUGACGUUAGGGAUGACAUCGGCGAAACCAAUUAACGGCAUUACAUCGCCUAAAUUGGAGGCCUUCCCCACCUGGGAUAUGCAGAAAUUGGGUGACUGCACGGCAUUUCAACUGGUCCAUGGCAUGGAAAUAGAUCCUAAAGGUCGCAUAUGGAUACUUGACACUGGUCGACCCACAUCUCUCAGAGAAUUCAAAGCCAACUGCUCGCCGCGUCUUGUCAUUCUUGAUCUCGAGAACAAUGAUAAGAUCAUUCGUACUUAUCAGUUCCCUGAGCAUGUAGCUCGCCGCAAAACUGCGUACCUUAAUGAUAUUGUUCUCGAUCACGAGGAUGGCGGUAUGGCAUAUAUUACCGACACUGAUAUUACUGAUCCUGGCAUUAUUGUGUACUCUUUAAGAGACAACAAUUCUUGGAAAAUCCGACACGAUUCUAUGAAAGCAAAAUCGGAGGCGGUUGGAUUCAUGGUAGCAAAGACGCAUGUAAUCAAUCCAGUGCACGUGGAUGGCAUAGCGCUUUCACCAGCAAGCAGUCGCAACAGACAAAUCUACUAUUCGCCUUUAUCUUCUUUUCAUCUGUAUUCGGUUCCGGUAUUUGCUCUGAAGAACAAUUUGUCCAAUAUCGAUCAAUACGUGAAGGAACUUGGGCGGAAGACUUCGCAAACGGACGGCAUGGCAAUGUCAUCUACUGGUGUACUUUACUUCGGUUUACUAGCUGACGACGCUAUCGCUAUGUGGGAUACCAAGAAUACACCAUCCUUUACCGUCGGUCAACGAAUUAUAUCGCGCGAUCAUGUAUUGACACAAUGGCCCGACAGUUUCGUAUUUGACGAAGAUGGCAAUUUUUGGUGCGUCACCAAUAUGCUGCAAAACUUCUUAAAUAAUCGCAUUGAUAUCAACAUGCCCAACUAUCGUCUUAUUCGAUUACACGCAGGCGUUAAAAAUUAUCAAUAUUACGAGAAUGGCACGGCGCCCGAGUUAUCAGAUUUUACUGCCGGUGCUGAUUCCGUCACAUUUGUAUUCGUCGCGCUAUUGCCUACCAUUUUGAUAUUUAUCGCUAAGUAACCGCUUUAUGACAAAAUCCUGUUAAAGAUAUUUAUGUUGUGAAUAUGAAGAAACAAUUUACGAAUUCAUGCCAAAAAUAGUUAAUCAUGUAUUAAUUAAAAUGACGCACAAAUUUAACUAUCAAUCAGAGGCAUACAUAAUUAAAAACGUAUAAUGCGCGAUCGUGUAACCAAUCAGACGCGAUACACGUUACAUGAAAAAUCUAUAUUAUGUGACCUUUGAACAUCGUAUCUUUUCUUACAGCUUCGAGAAAGAAACGUAAAAUCUAACAAUAGACUAAGAUUAUAUAGCGAAAUACAGUUUAAUUUUAUCACA